UCUUUCCUGCUCAUUGAAAUAAGUUUCAGUGAAAUAGAUUGGAAAAAUAGAACGUCAGCAUUGUAAUAUAACCUCCGUUUUUAUUAUUCGAAUGAGAAUUAGCGUAUCGUAAAUAUUUACUUCGAAAAAGAAUCGAUUCUUAAACGCAACUCACGUCAAAAUGAGCGUAAGAUUGUUGAAAGACCCAGCUACGGUAAGUAGCCGUAUAUUCGUGGGUCAUUUGCAAACAGACGAUAUGACCAAACAUGAACUGGAAGAACAUUUCUCAAAAUAUGGAACUGUCGUCGGUUCAGCGAUAAAUCGAGGUUUCGGUUUUGUUCAAUUCGAGGAAGAACAGUCUGCUCAGAAAGCUAUUCAAAAUGAGGAUGGUGCUAUGUUCAAAGGCAGAAGAAUAGAUGUUAGACCAGCAAAGAAAGAUAAUCAGUCUGCAGGUGGAGGACCUAAGCCACCAGGAGGUCCAAAUAAUCAGUUUAAUCCUGGCACUAAUCACUUUAAUGCUGGAAAUGAUUCCUUCAGUAGCGGAGCUCAAAAUUAUGGAGCAAAUUCUAGUUUUAAUUCGAAUCAAAGUUUUGGUUCUGAUUCACAGAUGAGUGAUAGUCAGAAAGGAAAUAAUAUGCAAAAUCGAAAUGAAUUCGGUGAUGGAAAACAGAGUAGUGAUCAAUUUGGAAAUCAAAAUAGAAAUAAUGGAAGUGAUCAGUUUAAUAAUAUGAUUCAGAAUAAAGGGAAUGAUCAGUUUAAUCCGGGUAAUCAAAACAGAGGUGUUAAUCAAUUUGGACCAGGUGGAAAUCAGAGCAGACCUGGAGGGAAUCAAAAUCGUAAUUUAAAUAAUCAGAAUAAUCACAAUCAAAGUGGCGGAGCAGGCGGGGGAGUAAACACUGGUGGGGGUGGUAGACCAAGAGGUAGUAGGGGUGGAAAGAAUCGAAAUAAAAAUAGAGAUAAUGGUGAUAGACCAAGGAACAAUAAUUUUGGCAGGGAUUCUUUUAAUGAAAGCAACAAUCGCUAUGAAGAUUUCAAGAAUAGUGGUCCCAGAGAUAUGAACAUAAGUUUUAACAACACAAAUACGUCGAGUGAAUAUACAAAUACAUCAACUGAAAAGAACGACUGUGAGAUCAUUGUUGUCAACAAGGCAUUGACGGAGUAUGCAGAAAGUAUUGAGGCAAGGCUGAAGAAAAUUGGAUUGACAGUGGAUUUACUAUUUCCAAACGAAGAUGUACUCCUCAGUAGGGUUUUAGGCAAUAUAGCGAGUCGUGGAUGUUUAUAUGCUGUUGUAGUGACACCUAUCAAUCAAGAACAUCAUUCCUUAACACUAAAUAUUCUUCAUGGUUUGCCACAAGAACACAGAAACAUGCUCGUCGAUGAUGCCAUUAAUUUAAUGUCUCGCGACUUCGCCAAUUAUAAAGCUGGCGGACGGUCAGUACCGUUGAACACACCAUUUGCGAACGAACGACAUCCCGAUGCUAUUCAAGUUCUUUUAAAUAUGUUGGCUGAUAACCAUCAAUUAACAGUACUACAGUACGAUCGCGUGAUAAAAUAUCUCGAAAUUAAGCGUGAGGAACAGGUGCAAGUUGAAUUGGGAGACGUGAAAGAUUUACCCACGACAACAACGACGAUAGCAGUCAGCGACCCAAAACAGGCUGAAUUACAGUCGAGGAUACUUAAUAUAUUGAAUAGUAAUAAAACAAACUCGGCCGUGCCUGUUCCUAGUCCAGUACCGGCUCCAACAGCUGCACCUACACCCGUUCCACCGACUACUUGGGGAUCAGCAUCAACUGCCACAACAGCACCCACAACAACAACACCUACCACAGGAGUUUCACCGUCACCUCUGCUAAAUGAUCCGACAGUUCAAAAGGCACUUGACAGUCUGUUGCAAGGCAAUUUGCUCAAAAGCAUCGGUGAUCAGCAACCGGCUACAACCACGACGCCUCUGUUUGCCGCUUUUUCGAAUAUCGGCCGAUUUUAAUUGGACUUCCAAUUACGUGUUUUUUUUAUCACGUUUUAUUUUAUCUGGCAGGAAAUUUCAUUUGAU